UACACUGCUUAAUCUUGUCGCCAGUGCUCAAAACAUCCAAACAACAAGCUUCGACAUCAUUUGGGAAGACAGACCCGAAUUCACUUAUACUAGCUACAUUGCGACAGUCAGUGAAGUAGGGGGUACCUUUUCAGUACAACUUCCAGCCACUGCGAAUCGUGAUGGUAGAAAUAUAGUAGUCAAUGCUAUGGGCCUUACACCCGGCACAGAAUACGAUGUUAACAUUCAAGGUGUGACCAGUACUGGAGUGCGUGAGGAUCAAGGCAAUUUCAAUGUUUUCACAGGACCUAACCCACCUAUAGAUGGUCGCUUCACCGAGAUAAAUGGAAUGACGGUACUACUUGAGUGGAAUCCACCUGAUGAUGGGAGAAUAGAUGGGUAUAUAGUGAUACAUGGUGCAGAAACUCAGGAUCCAACUACUUUGGUACAGGCUAUUAUCCCAGUUGGUCAGACGGCAUACGCAAUCUCAGGACUCAAUCCUACCACACCCUACACCAUAGGACUGGUAUCAUAUCGGAAUUCAACCGAUACAUUUAGUGAUUUUGCAGAGCUACUUCAGCAACAAAAUUCUAACUUCGUCAUAAAUAGAGGUGAUAACCAAUGCGCAAGUAGACCAUGUAUUAAUGGUGGACAGUGUUAUGGUGUGUCAGGAGGCAGUUUCAGAUGUGAAUGCAUCAGUGGUUUCAGCGGCAUCACAUGUGCAAUAGAUACAAACCUAAACACUUCAAGCCCGAUUUCAACAAAUCUGUCAGGAAUUUCAACUAAUACAAUGAUAGCUGUCACCAUGUCUCAUUACACAAUGAACCCUGUUACAAGUUCGGACGCCACUGGGACACUUGUUACAACGCCUAAACUACAAACAACAUCCAACUAUGUCAUCUACAUCACAGUGGCAGCUGUCGUACUUCUGAUCCUUCUGGUUCUCUCUAUAAUUCUCUGCUCCCGUAAAAAGACAAGGAGUUCAAGGAAGAAGACGCAAGAUGCUAAUACAGAACCCAAUCUUGCACUGCCACUUGGACCUUUACCUCAGAGACCAGGAUCAAGACCGUACGACACGAAGAUUGUUACGACUGCACCUACACAUGGUCUUUCCAAUCAUGGACAACUCGAUGUAUACGCCGAUAUUUUGUAAUCUAUAUUUACCAGACCAGAACAUGAUCACAUUUUCGAAGAUAUACUCUAAAGUGAUUGGAAAUAAUGAUGUACAUGCAAUGAAGGAUAUUUUUUUUUGUGAGAAUGUGAAUAUGAUGGAUGAUAGUAAUAUCCAUUAAUACGUGUCGAUGUUUCUCACAAAAUAAUUGUUUUGUUCUUAAUCAUUGAAUUUGUUAGUUUUUUAACUACCAGACCGAUUUGAAUGUUCAUUCGAUAUUAAUAAUUUACUAAGAAAUAAAGAAAUAUUUAGGCUUAACCAUUGGCGGCAGAAGCAAAAAAAUUUAGGUGGGGGGGUCCACCUGAAAUUUUUGGAUGGACACAGGUAAAAAAAAUUGACAAGCAAAAAAAAUAAAAAAGGUUAUCAACCAAAAUUUAAGGGGGGACCACAACAAUUUUAGGGGGGUCCACCUGAAUUUAGGGGAGACGCAGGAAACAAAAUUGACAAGCAAAAAAAAAAGGUUAUCAACAAAAAAUUUAGGGGGGCCCACCUCAACUUUCGGGGGGGGGGACAGGAACCCCCCGUCCCCCCGCUUCCGUCGCCUAUGGGCUUACCUGAUUCGCUUUCUCAUUUUUAACAAAUAUAUACGGAACCUUAAUAUUUAAAAAUCCUUUCCCUUCCAAAUUUGUCUUCAACCCGGGAUAAAAUACUAAAAUUUUUCAAAUUUACGGUUGCUUUAAACAUGGACCUAUUACGAAAUAGGUCCAUGCUUUAAACAACCAUCUUUUUUGUUUUAUUAGCUUUUAUUUUGCACGUUAGAAUAUAAUGACCCCAAAUAGAAGUCAUAUUACUCGAUAAAUUUACUUGCCUGAAGUCUUUUAACAUUCUACCACAUUCAUCUAAAUUUGAUAUUCAAAAAAGUAUACAAUCAAGUGUUAUUAAAUAACUCAUUGAUCAAAAUAGAUGGGAGAGUUAUACCCAAACAGAACUGUUUAAAACGGGAUCUUCCCUAUUAAACAUUUGUUGAAUGAACAAACCAAUUACAUCUCGCACGCAACUUAUUCUUUUUUUAAAUACAAAAUUAAUCACAACUGUCUUGAAUACUGUUAAUAGAUUUCUGUAUGACCUAAGGGGGAAAAUAUAUUCGCAGGAGCCGCGGAACUGUUUUUAAGAUUGGAGAGCUGAGCCGAAAAUAGGGGGGCUGACCAUGCAAUAGAAAACCCACAAUCGGAUCGAAAUUUUACGUUUCUGUAGUCGUCCAACGAAAAUUCGAUGGACGGUUGAGCCCCCUCCUCCACAUGCCCUUGUCCCACGGUCCCUGGUUCUUUAAUACUGUGUUGUGAGCAGAACAACUCGAAAGGAUUUGAUGUAAGUUAAAUUGAUUCUAUAAGGUAUUUAAGUUUAUUCAUAGAAUUUCAAUUGAAAGGUCCUGACUUCGCAGAUAAAAUGGGCAUUCGUUAAAAUGUACCUAUUUUAUAUAGAGUUAAAAUGUAAUGAUUUAAAGGUCAAGUCCACCCCAGAAAAAUGUUGAUUUGAAUAAAUAGAGAAAACUCAAACUAGCAGAAUGCUGAAAAUUUCAUCAAAAUUCGAUGUAGAAUAAGAAAGUUAUGGCAUUCUAUAAAUUUUCCCUUAUUUUUCACAAAACAGUGAUAUGCACAACUCAGUGACAAGCAGAUGAGUCGGCCGAUGAUGUCCAUCACUCACUAUUUCUUUUGAUUUUUAAAGUUUGAAUUAUACAAUAUUUCAUUUUUUACAGAUUUGACAAUAAGGACCAACUUGACUGAACCAUAUAGUAUCAAACAAUGCUAAUUCCACUUGUUCAGGGAGGAAUUAUUUGUUGUUUCACUUGACAAUGAGGGGAAAAUUUGAAUAUUUCAUAUUUCAUAAAUGAAAUACAAAACAAAUAGUGAGUGGAUGACGUCAUCAGUAUCCUCAUUUGAAUACCAACCAGGAUGAGCAUAUAACUGUUUUGUGAAAUUAAGCGAAGCUUUAAAAUGUCAUAACUUUCUUAUUUUACAUCCGAUUUUGAUGAAAUUUUCAGUGUUAUGCUUGUUGAAUUUUUCUCUUUUUAUUCAAAUCAACUUUUUGUAGGGGUGGACUUGUCCUUUACAAAGAAAAUGCUGGUCUUGAAAUUAUUAAUUCUUUACCAUUUGCCAUUGCUCAAAAGAUUUCCUGGGCUAGAAAUCUCCUUUAUGAUAAUUUCAGUGCUUCAUGAAAGUUUAAUGAGUUAAAUAAAUUCUAUAAGGUAUUCUAGUUUAUUCAUUAAAUUUCAAUUGAAAGGCCCUGACUUCGCAAAUAAAAUGGUAAUUCAUUGGGUUAUCAUUAAAAGAAAUAAUAAGAUUUCUCUCUCUUGUAGAAAUGUGAUGCCCCAAAAAGUGUAUUGAACUCUAUGGGCAAAAUAGCCGACUCAUUUUAGAAGAAACUGCUAUUGAAUUUUAUGGAUUCCCGCCGUAAUAAGUUAAUUCGUUCAAGAUCCAAAUCGUAUUUACUAGUAUAUUAUGACUAUUGGGUCAACAAGAAUAUUUUUACUCUUUCUGAUUUGUUUUAUCCGCCUUUCCCUUGUGAAAAACAAUUGAUAAAACUAGUCUAAGACUUUGCUAUUCCUAUCGUCAGAAGAAAAUUAUCUUUUUUAUUAAAAAUAUUCCAGAAAAGUGGAUGAUAGAUGGUGAAUUUUGAAAUUGAUAUUGUUGGUGUUCAUGAUACUAUUGUAUGAUUGUAUGAAGAAAGUUCCUUAAGGCCAGUUUACACUGCAUCCGACACGGCAACCGUGCACGGCACCCCGGCACAUUCCAACCAAGAAAUAUGUGUUUUAAAGUGAUACUACAUGCAGAAGGUCCACUGUAUGGAUUUCUUCUGUACUCUUGAUACUAAAUUAAGGUCUUUUUACUUUAAACUUUUCAAAAAUCAAUUGUAGGGAAUAGCUUCCUGUUAAAAACUAAGAGAAAAGAUUAUCCUAACUGCAAUUUUUGUGGAAAGAAAGAGGAAACUCUCAUCCAUUUAUUUUGUGAGUGUGAAAAAAUAAUUCACUCUGGAAUGAUCUUAUUUCUGAAAUUAAACUCCAACAUCACUAUAACCAACUUUA